AUGGAAAAUAAAGAAGAGAAGUACAAGAAUUAUAUGGACGAAAUAAAAAAGGUCUCAAAUAUUAUUCAGGCAAAAAGCAUCGAUUGUUUCGAAUCUAAUUCUACUAUUGAUGAAAAUAAAAUAAUGAAUGUAAACGACAUAUGUAAUAUAUAUAUGGUUGACAAAACUUGUGACCGAAAUAAUAUUUAUAGAAAAGAUGUAGACAAAGAAUGUCUUCUUGAAGAAAAUCAAAAAAAAAAAGAUAAGGACAAAAAUUUAUGUGUUCAAAAAAAAGGAGAUAUAAUAGAAUCAUCUAUAUCUAAUACAUAUGAUAUUAUUAAAUGUAAUAACAACACAAGUGAAUAUAAUCAUAAUAUCGAAAAGGAUAAAAACUUGGAAAAAUUCAAGUCCUUCAUCAUAGAGGACUCCAAUUCUUCGUCUCAUGGAAAAAAGAAAUAUAAUAUUAAUGAUGUAUAUAAGGUUAUUAAAAAUUUUUUAUUCAAAUAUAUGGAAAAUGAUGAAAAAGGAGAUGUCAACAAAAUGGUGGGAGAUAACAAAAUGGUGGAUGAUAACCAAAUGGGGGAAGAGAACCAAAUGGGGGGAGAUAACCAAAUGGGGGGAGAUAACCAAAUGGUGGAAGAGAACCAAAUGGGGGAAGAUAACCAAAUGGGGGGAGAUAACCAAAUGGGGGAAGAGAACCAAAUGGGAGGAGAUAACCAAAUGGGGGAAGAGAACCAAAGUUCAGAAGGAUCAAAUCAGUUUAAACGUCCUGGUUAUCCAGAUGUACGAUCCGUAGGAAGGUGCUUAUAUUAUAUUUUAAGAGGUAAAGUUAAUGUUAAUAUUUUAAAGAAAAUUUUUAGUGAUAAGAAAAAUGAUAAACAUGAAAAUACAAAAAGAAAUUAUAAUAUAAAUAAUGAGCACACUGAUACAAAUAAAGAAAAUGACCUUGAUGUCGCUACUAUAGAAGAAGAAAAUAAUAUUGCACAAGAUAAUAAUGGUAUGCUUAAUAAAGAAAAUCAUUUAAAUGCAGAAAAAUUUUUUAAGUGUUUAAAUGAUUUAUUCAAUCAAGAAGAAAUUAUUAAUAUAAAUAAUAUAGAAGGAAAAGAAUGUGAUAAGGUAUAUGAAGAUAUAGCAUGGACAUUUGUAAAAUAUAUAGAAAAUAAUAAUAUAAAUUUUAUAGAAGAUUUUGUUAAGUGCUCCUCGAACGAUGUAUCUGGAGAGGUCCCUGAUGUUCCUAUAGAAAAUUAUAAUGAUAUGUCACAAAAUAAUGAUAUGUCACAAAAUAAUGAUAUGUCACAAAAUAAUGAUAUGUCACAAAAUAAUGAUAUUUCACAAAAUAAUAAUAUUUCACAAAAUAAUAAUAUUUCACAAAAUAAUAAUAUAUCACAAAAUAAUAAUAUAUCACAAAAUAAUGAUAUCCCACACAACAAACACCAAAUAAAUAACAGCAUUAAGAAGAAUAAUAAUAUAAUAAGAACAGUUGAUCCAUUUAACAAUGUUAAAAAUGUAAUUAUUCAUAUUCCUUUAAUUUUACGUUAUUUUAUACACAUACAUGUAUCAAGCAGGAAGGAACAUACAAACAGAUGUGUUUAUAAUAAUGAUGAUAAUAAAAUGAAACUAAAAAAAAAGAUGAUGAAAGAGAUUAUGAUAGGUGUAUUAAAUUCAGAUGGGAAUAAAUUUAUUGAAGAAUUAUUAUGUAAUAUAAAAGCAUGUUUUCUAGAAAUUCUAGAUUAUUUAAAAGAAUAUUGUCGUUCUAAAUGUAUCCAAUUUAAUGAUGAGAAUUAUUUUUAUCAUUUUACUCAAAUAAUAUCAAUCGAGAAAACAUAUUUUGAUUUAAAAACAAUUCUUUUUUAUACAAAAAAAUACCAUAAGAUCAAAAAAAAAAUUAUAAAAAAGAUUAGAAAUAAGACAUCAUCAGAUGAAUUGAAUUAUGAUAAUAAUAAAAUUGUGACUGAGGAUAUUGAAAAGUUGAAUGGUCAUAUUUUUGAUGUAUCUACAAAUAAAUAUGUAUAUCCAAUAAAAGAUAAAGUUUUGACAAACCAAAAAGAAAAUUAUUAUGAAUGCAUGUUAUCUACUAUAUAUAAUAAAGAUGAUGAUAUUCAAAGUGAUCAACUUAAUAAACAUACAAAUAAAUAUAAUGGUAAAGUAUAUAAUCCUUUUAUUAAUAGAUGUUUUAAAAGAAAAUUAUAUCAUCAUGAACAUGAAAAAAAUGAACCCUUUGAUAAUAUAACACAUAAACAAAUUAAAUUAGAUUCUAUUUCUACAGAUAUGAAUAGCAAAAAAUAUUAUUUAUCAAAAAAUCAGACAUCACCAUUGGCAAGACAUAACAAGGAUAAGGAUACAAUAACUUCGUCAAACAUUUUCUUUUUAAAAAAUACACACUCAGAAUAUAUGUUGCACAAGGAACAUAUGAUUAAUCGUGUUAUAAAAAAGGAGGAUAUGCAAGAUGAUAAAUAUGAUGAGAUGCAUAAGGAUGAAACAAGUAAGAAUAGAGCACAGCACAAUGAUGAUGAAAGGAAUGGUAAUAUAUAUAAUAAUAAUGAUAAUGAUGAAGAGGAGGAUAAUAUUUAUUAUGCUCCUAGUAAUAUGAGGACAGGAAUAGAAGUAGAUAAUGAAAAUGGGAAUGAGGAUAUUUAUAAAAAAGUACAUUUGCAAAAUAGCAUUUAUGAUAAUAUUAUAUAUAAUGAUUAUAAAACAAUACAAAAUCAAAACAACAAAAUUGUUCAUAAUGUGCAUAAUAAUAAUACUUUUGUUGAAAUGGAAAAAAUGAGAGAUUCAAACGAAUGUGCUCUAAAUAAUAAUGAACAUUAUAAUAACGAACACAUUAGUAAUGAUCACUCUAAUAAUAUGUAUAUUGAGGAGGAGGAAAUUGGGAUACCUGUCGAAUGUAAUCAAGCAGAAAAAAAACUCAACAAAAUAAAUAGAAUAAACGAACAUAACAAAGAUCCUCUUUCUCAAGAGCAAUAUUAUAAAAGAAUAACACGAAAAAGUAAAGCAAAAGUAAUCAUUGAACCAAAUGAUGAAAAAAUAGAACUAGGAACUAGUUACAAUCAUGUAAAAGAAAAUAAUCAUAUGGAAUAUACAAAAGAGAUGGAUGAUCAUGUGGGAAGGAUACCAUCUUAUGAAGAUAUAAAAAAACAAACAAAAAGAAAAAGAAAAAGAACAAGAAGAAAAGCAAAUGAUAAACUUGGAAAUGUUCAAAAUGAUCAAGAUGUUCAAAAUGAUCAAGAUGUUCAAGAUGAUCAAAAUGUUCAAAAUGAUGAAGAUGUUCAAGAUGAUCAAGAUGAUCAAAAUGUUCAAAAUGAUGAAGAUGUUCAAGAUGAUCAAGAUGAUCAAAAUGAUGAAGAUGUUCAAAAUGUUCAAAAUAAUCAAGAUUAUCAAGAUAUAAAAAGUAUAAAAAAUCAUAUGCACGAUUUAAAUGUUACAAACGAUGAUCUUAUAAAUAAUGAUAAUACAAAUUCAAAAGUCUUAUCAAAUAUAAGUCAAAUUCACAAUUCAACAAAAAUUAAUAGCACUAUUAAAAUUAAAGAGAGCACAUCUUUUGAAAAGGAGACCUUGAAUAUUUUAAGAAGAUCUUCAAAAGAUGAUCCUAAUAGAUGUGAUAACCCUGAAGGUGUGGAUAUAAAUAUAAAUACACAAAAGAAAGAUGAUAAUAAUAAUCAUGUUCAUAAUAAUAAUUUCAUAAAGUGUACAGAAAAAGAAUCGAAUGAUGGGAAUACUCCCCACGCGUCUCCUCUUAUAAUAAAACAUAAUACAGAUCAUAUGACCAAUUUUAAACAUUAUAGUAAUGAUUAUAUUAUAAAUAUUAAUAAAAAAAGAAAUAAAAUAAAAAAGAAAUGUAUUAACAAAAUUAUGAGUAGUAUAUUUUCGGAAACGAUUUAUAAAUAUGCCUUAAUAUUUUCUCCGAUUUUAAAAAAUGAUGGAUGCGUAUCUUUAUUAAGCUUACAUGCAUUAAAGAAUAUUGUUUUAAAGCUAUAUCAUCUUAGAAUUGCUGAAAUGCAACAAAACGUAGAUAAAAAUAAUAAAUAUAAUAUUAAUAAUUAUAAUAAUGAGAUAUACAAUGAAAAAAGAAAUAAUUUUUUAUAUAUGUAUCAUAAUCAUAUCAUAUCUCCUCCUGAAGAAACAUAUAUAAAUAACGAAAAUAAUAAUAGUGUGGAAAACAUAAAAAAUUAUAAAGGUGCUAAUAAUAAAGAAUUUAACCAUAUUUCAUGUGAAAAAAAUUAUAAAUGUAAUUUAUCUACAAUAAAUUAUGAUAAAAUGGAUGAAUAUUACAAUACAAAAAAUGAAAGUGAUAUAGAAAUUAUACAAAAUAUAAAUAAUAUGAGUACAGAUGAAUAUUAUGAUAUGAAAGAAAAUUUAAAUAUGAAUAUAUUAAUUCGAGAAUUUCUGAAAAAAAAUUUGAAUGAGGAAAAUUGGAACAUGUUUUGGGAAUGGUUAUAUGAAAACGACGAUAUUAAUAUAUCAACAUUUAAAAAACAUAUAAUUAAUCAUAUAAAGGAUAUAUUAUUAAAAAGGGAUGUUAUAAAUAGGUGUUUUCCACAUGAGAUGUUAGAACCUGAUAUGAGUGAAGGUCAUAUAAAUAUGGUUAACAAAAAUAAUAAUUACAAUAACAAAAACAAUAAUUGUAGUAAUUACAAAAACAAUAAUUAUAAUAAUUACAAUAAUUAUAAUAAUGAUGAGAAAGAAAGAAUUGAAGAACUCGUAAAAUUUUAUAUAACAAACAACAGAGGCAUAAAUUUAGAAUAUAAUAAAGUGAAAGAAAUUUUUGAACAAGGAAAAUGUAAUGCAUACUAUAAUAAUGAAAAAAAAAUCGAAAUGUUAAAUAAUGAAUAUCUUCAUGAUAAUAUAUUAGAUUAUAUAAGGGCUAAUGUUUUAUAUGAAGGAUAUAUGAAUAAAGACGAUAUAAAUAAAAAAAAAGGAGAUAAUGAAAAUAAUAAUAAUAAUAAUAAUAAUAAUAAUAUUAAUUCAUUUGUUACUAACAUAAAAAGUGGACACGAAAAUAAUCAUAAUAAUGUGUAUAAUUUUUGUAAUAGUGAUCAUAGAUUUUCUCAUGAUAUUUCAAAUCAAAAAGGUGACAAUAUAAAUAAUAGGAGUAAUUCAUUAUGUCAAUACAAAAGAACACAUAUGCAUAACUAUUAUAUAUAUAAUGAAGAUGAUCAAAAUAUACAUAUUGAUGAUAAAAGUUAUAUACAAACAUUAAAAGAUCUUAACGAUCUAAGAAGCAUGUAUAAAAAUAAACAUGCAGAUAUAUUACAGGAAAUUAAUGAAUGCGAUUUUUUAUUUGAAGAUGAAAAAUGUAGAUAUAACACAAAACAUAACAAUAUCAACAAUAAUAAUAAUAAUAAAAACAAUAUAUUUAGGGACAAGAAAAAAAAUAAUAACAAUAUUAACGAUGAUUUGGAAAAUUAUUAUUUUUAUAAUAAACAUAUUUAUAAUUCUAUGGAUGAUUUACAUCUUCAAAAUGAAAAUGGUCAUAAUAUAAAUAAAAAUAAUAAUAUAAAUAAAAAUAAUAAUAAUGAUGGUGAUGGUGCUGGUGAUGGUGAUGAUAAUGGUGAUGAUAAUGGUGAUGAUGAUUAUGAUGAAGAUAAUAUCAAAUUAGCUGACUUGACCUAUAAAUUAAAUGAUUAUAAUAUAAAAAAUAAUAAUAACAUGAAAAAUAGAAAUAAAAAUACAAAUAAAAGCGAUAUUAUUUAUAAAGUAAAAGAUUUAGCAUGUAAACUAUCAGAGUUAUAUAACAACACAACAGACUUGACUUAUAAUUUGAAUGAUUCAGAUGACGAGCAUAAUAAUUAUAAUUAUAAUAUGAUGAAUGUUGAACAAAGCAACAAAGACGAGAAUAAUAAUGAUAUAAUAAGUGAACAAAAGGAUAUACAUCGAAAUAAUAAUAUAAGUGAACAAUAUGAUAAAAAAGAACAAGUUAUAAAUAAUAAUGGAAAUAAUAAAGACAAUAAUAUUAAUAUCCAUAAAAAGAACGCGAACACGAACACGAACACGAACACAAACACGAACACGAACGCGAACGCGAACACGAACACGAACACGAACACAAACACGAACACAAACACGAACACAAACACAAACACGAACACGAACAAGAACUAUGAUCAGAUGAGAAAUGAAAUAAGUACAAGAACAAUAACUAAAGAAAUGAACUGUAAGGAGAAUAUUUUAAAUCUAAUAAAAAAUAAAAAUUUAAGUGUACAAGAUAUUUUAUAUUAUCAAAAAUUGUUGUUAUGUUUAAAAUAUGUGGGAGACCACAACUCGGCUAUAAACAACAACCAAACAAACGAAAGAGAAGAAAGAGGCGAAAGAGAUGAAAGAGACGAAAGAGAUGAAAGAGAUGAAAGAGACGGAAGAGAUGAAAGAGACGGAAGAGACGGAAGAGACGGAAGAGACAGAAUUGACGGAAGAGACGAAAGAGAGGGAAGUUCCAAAAAUUUGAAACGUUCCAAAGAUUAUAUAAAUUAUAAAAAUUACAAUAAUAAUAAUAUUCAAGGUGUAGAUAAUUCUUUUAAUUAUGAAAAUAAUAAUAAUAAUACAUUUAUUAAAAAUAAGAUGAACAAUGUAUAUAGCUAUCUAAAGAAUAUUCCAUAUACUAACAGAAAUAAUAAUUGUUUUAUAAAUAAACAUUAUAAUUCAAAAUAUCUAAAUAAUCAUCAAUAUAAUCAAAAUGAUCGUAUUUAUAAAAAUAUGAAUAAUUCUGUAGGUAAUAAUUAUAUAAAAAAUAAUGAAAUGAUAAAUCCUAUACACACAUAUAACAAUCUCAUCAAUAAUAAUAAUUUUAAUAAGUAUGAUGAUGAUUAUAAUAAUUUCUUGAAUCAUCUUUAUAAUGAAAAAAUGAUUUACAACUCAUCUAAUGGACAUGUAAACAAUAAUAAUAAUAUCCAUAUGAAUAACAAUAAUAUCCAUAUGAAUAACAAUAAUAAUAUGAUUAAUGACUUGUUAAAUUUAUUAUAUUUAUAUGAACAGUCCCAGAAAAAUAAAAACCAAAAUGUGCCACAAAUAAAUAAUGAAUAUAUAUAUGAUUAUCUUAAUAAAUAUAUUUCAAAAAAUAUGAAUAUUUCGGAUUCUACCAUGAGAAAUGGACAAGACGAAUAUGUACAACCUAGUGAAGAAAGAAACGAUAAACAGGAUUAUAACGAUCCAAAAUAUUUUAUUAAUGAUCAUAUUAAUAACAAUCGAACAUACCUUUCAAACGAUGAUAAAGAUAAACAUAAUCAUAAUAAUCAUAAUAAUCAUUAUAAUUAUACAAAGGAAAAGUAUUGUAGAUUAACAGAAAAUAAUAAUAAAGAAAUUGAAGUAUUUUCUCAGAAUAAUUAUUUAAUCAAGAAUAAAAAAAACGCUCAAGGAAAUUUUACACUCAGCUUAGAUGAUGAAGGCAUCCUAUCCUCUUAUAGUAAUCCACAAAAUAAUAAUACUGUAUGCAAAGAUAAUUAUAAAAAUGAUAAGAACUAUUAUGUACAGGAAGAAGAAAAUUAUUCAAGACAAGAAAAUGAUAUAAGGAUGUUAGAAAAUUAUGAAAAGAAUUUAAAAGAACAAAUUCCUUAUCAUAUGAAAAAUAAAUAUUUAGUUAUGUCAUCACAAAAUAAUAAUAGCUGUGCUUAUUCACCUAAUAUGGAAAUUUAUAUGAAUAAAUUAAAAUAUACAAGAUUGAGGAAAAAAAAUAAAUAUGAUAUUGAUGAUAUGGAUGAUAUGGAUAAUAUGGAUAAUAUGGGUGAUAUGGAUAAUAUGGGUGAUAUGGAUGAUAUGGGUGAUAUGGAUAAUAUGGGUGAUAGGUAUGGUAAGUAUGGUAAGUAUGAUAGGUAUGGUAAGUAUGAUAAGUAUGAUAAUUAUUAUAGAUGCAAUAAAUAUAAUAAUUAUUUAUCCACACUAUCAUAUUCAAAUAUGAAUGAUAUUGAACAUAAUACACAUAUGGAUGAGCUAGGUCAAUAUCUUUUGGUUCCUGGAGGAGAUACACAAAAUUAUGAACAUGCAGAAGAUACUAAGCAUAAUGAACACAAGGAACAUAAUAAUAUGUUUGGUAGUAAUAAUCAUACUAAUCGCCGUCAUUUGAGGCGUGCGCAUGAACGCACACAUGACAACUUUAAUCUUUAUAAUAAUAAUAAUAAUAAUAAUAAUAUGCUUGACAAGUUUGUAAGAUGUUAUAAUAGAAACAAUAAGAAUUCUUCGUCGUCUUUUUUCAUAAAUAAAGAUUUAUAUAAUUCAUUUGAGGAUUUGAAUGAAAGCAGCAAUGAUGAAGAUACCCUGAGACAUGAUAACUAUUUUAGAAAAAGGAAAAGAACACAUUUGAAAGGGAAAUAUGUUUUACAAAGACAAGAAAAUGACCUUGAUGUAAUGUGUAAUAUAGAUGAAUAUGAUAAUAUGAGAAAUAAUAAAUAUAAUUAUAUUCAUUAUGAAGACAGAGAAGAUGGUGCGUGCCAUUAUGGAGAUGACGAUAAUGAAAACAUGAAUAUCUUAAAGAAUAGAAAUAUGUAUUCACAGUCAUUAUUAAAUCACAGAAAAUUAAAUGAUAAAGAAAAGGACAACAUUUAUGGUACUGUGUAUAAUAAGAGAAAGGGAUUUCGUGCACAAGUAUCAUCAGCGGGAAAUAAGAUUGAAGAAGAAAAGAACAGGAGUGGUUUCCUUAAUACAGAUAUCACCCCAGAAUAUGGAAGAGGCAGAAGAACUAAAGUAGUUAAUCAGAAUUAUGUAAAAAAUUAUGAGUGUGAUACGAAAUAUUAUAGUAAAAAGGAAAAGACAAAUACGAUAACAAAUAUGCAUAUAAAUGUUAUGAACAAUAAUAAUAAUGGUUCAUUGUGUGAUGUAAAUAAUAAAGAUAAAAUAAAAACAAAUGUAGACUCAUCUUUAAUUAAUAAAAAUAAUAAAAGUAAUAUUACAACUCGAAAAAUAAAUAAUUGUAACAACAAUAAUAAAAUGAAAAAUAAUAUAUUAGACAAUAAUGAAGAUUAUGAAACCAAGAUAGCUUGUUCCGAAUUAAAACCUCAAAGGGGUGUAUAUUUUGAUAAAUCACAAAAAGCUUGGAUAGGUAGCUGGUAUGAAGAAGGAAAACAAAUUAAAAGACGAUUCAAAAUUAAAUAUUAUGGAUGGGAUGAAGCUAGGAGUCUAGCUAUAAAAGCUAGGUUUGCUUUUGAAAAUAAGACAAAAAACUUGAAAGGCAAAAAAGGACCUACCAGUAAAAAUAAAAAUGAUAAAAAUGAAAAAGACGCAACUCAUAAAAUUAUUAAUAAUGGAAAUGCAAACGAUAAUGUAAAUAAUGUGAAUGGGAAUUCAAACGAUAAUGUAAAUAAUGUAAAUAAUAUAAAUAAUGUAAAUAAUGUAAAUAAUGUAAAUAAUGUAAAUAAUAUAAAUAAUGUAAAUAAUGUGAAAGAUAACCAUAUUGAGGAUACACAGCCUGUGACAAACGCUGAACCCAUGAACAUAAACACUUGUCCUAUCAAGUCUCCAGAACUUUUAAAAGAUAAUAAAGAAAAUUAUGUGAAUAAUAUACAUGUAGAUAAUAUUGUAAGUAAAAGAGGCAUGUCGACAAGAAAUACUGGAAUACAUUUACCAAAAAAUAAUAAUAUAAAUAAUGAUAAUAAUAACACGAAUAAGAGAGAUACGAGAAGACAUUUAUAUAAAAGACGAUCAUAUACUCAUGAUCAUUAUACUAAUAAUGAUAGUAAAGAAUUUAUUAAUGAAAGGAAGAAAAAAAAAACGAAUAUGAGCAAUAAUAAAAAUAAUGAGAAAAAUGAAAAAAAUGGUAAUAAUGAUGAUAAUAAUGAUGAUAAUAAUGAUGAUAAUAAUGAUGAUAAUAAUGAUGAUAAUAAUAAUAAUAAUAAUAAUGAUAAUAAUAAUAAUAAUAUUAGUAAUAUUAGUAAUAUUAGUAAUAAUAAUGAUGUAAUACAGAAUAGUCAACAUGAUAUAAAUAUAAAGAAUGAAAUUGAUACUAAUAUGCUUUAUUCUUAUAAUAACAAACACAAUUCCGAUAUAAAUAUUUCAUCAUAUAAUAAUGUCAACUUCAAGAAUAAUACAUAUAGUGAUCAUAUAUUUAAUGAUAUACAAUAUGAUCAAAAUCAAAAUGUUCAAGAAAAUUUUAUUAAUAAAACAUCCUUAUCCUUAUCCUUACAAACAAACACAAAUAAUAUAUAUAGUGAUUUAAAUCACGACAAGGAGAAUGAAAAUAAUAGAAGUCAAAUUGUGGUUCAUAAGCAAAACGAUCAUGUACAAACAAAACAAGAAUAUAAAGAAAAAAGUCAAAUGAAUUCACCAAAUAAUAGUAGCAUACAUGAUUAUAUAAACAAAGAUAAUUAUAUGAAUGAAAAUAUGAUGUUACAUGUAGAUGGUAUGUAUAUUCCAGGUACUUACAUGAAUAACAAUGAUAUUACAUAUAAAAAAAAUAAUAAUUAUCUUAAUUAUGAAGAUGUUAUAAAUUAUGAUCAGUCUAAAACAAAGUAUCAUCAACAAGAUAAAAAUAUUGACGAUAAUAAUAAAAAUAAUGACGAUAAUAAUAAAAAUAAUGACGAUAAUAAUAAUAAUAAUAAUGACGAUAAUAAUAAUAAUAAUGAUAAUAAUAAUAAUAAUGAUGAUAAUAAUAAUAAUAAUAAUAAUGAUAAUAAUAAUAAUUAUCACCUUUAUAAUGACUAUAAUAGCCAACCGUACAACUAUUUAAACAAUAAUAAUGAAGAGACAAAACUUGAAGGAUGUUCUUCUGUUAAUUUAUCGAAUAAAAAGAACAUUGAUAAUAUAAACAAAAUAGAAAAUAGAAAUACAAAAAAUAUAUAUUUGAAAUAUUCCUAUUGUAAAUCAUUAGAAAAUUGUAAUAAUACUUAUACCAAAGGUAAUAAUAAAAAGUUAGGUGAUCAACAAAAUAUAACAGAUCAAUCAAUUAAAUUACCACAAGGUGUUUUCUAUCAAGAUUCUAAAAAAGCUUUCUGUGCUAAUUGGUAUUCAAACGGAAAACAAGAAAAAAGAUAUUUUUCUAUAAACAAAUUUGGAGAAGAAAAAGCUAGAAAUUUAGCAAUAGCAGCAAGAAAAAAAUUCGAAAAUGUUUAUAAAAAAAAUGGACAUGGAAAUAAAAAAGAGAAUUCUAUAUCUCCUAUUGUGAAAAAUAAUCCAACCAAUGAUAUUCUAAUUAAAUCACAGGAAAAUAAUGAUGAAAUGCUAUAUCGCACAAAUGAUAAAUCUGAUCAAAUAACGAAAAAGGAGAUCAUAGACCAGGACCUCUACUCUUCGAAUUUGUUAACAAACCCACUUAACAACGAUAUCGAGGAGGCCAAAGAUAAAUAUAAAGGACCCACCAGCAACAGCAUUGUUGGAAGUAACAAUACAACACAAGUUGUAAACAACAAUCAAAUUGAUGAUGAUGAUGAUGGUGAUGAAGAUAUAAAACAAGAUAAAGAAACUAACAAUAUGAAUGAUCUGAAUAAUGAACACGUCGAUAAAAAUUAUAAGGAUUAUCCAAAUUAUACAAAUUAUACAAAUAUCACAAAUAUCACAAAUAUCACAAAUAUCACAAAUGACGCUAAUUAUCAAGAUGAUAAAAAUUUUCAUCACCUACAUAAUCCUGAUCCUGUUAAAGUACAGAGAGGAAGAAAAAGUUCUAAAAAUAUAAACAUAUCUCAGCAAAAUAAUAAAGAUGAUGCAUAUGGAAAUUCUCAUAAAAAUCAGGACUCAGAAAAUCAUAUAAACAAUAAUAAAAAAAAUAAUCAUAAUUAUACUACACAUAUAGAAAAUAAUCAAAAUAAUCAAAAUGAUCAUAUCCUUAAUAUAACCAAAGAAAUAACAGAUAAUAAUAACGUACAUCUUUCAAAUAACGAAAGAAUAAAUAAAAAUAUUUCAUAUGAAAAUUUAAAUAUUGAUCAUACAACAGAUGAUCUUUUAAAAUCAUCAGGUAAAGAUAUGAAAGGAGAAACUUUUAAUAAACAUUAUUCAAAAAAUUCUUUAAACAAAAAUCUUAAAAAAGAAGUAGACGAUGUUAAUAUGAUAAACAAAAUGGAAAAAACAGGAUCAACACCUGCAGGAGUAUAUAUGAUUAGAAUUAAUGGUGUUGUACAAGCUUGGAGAGCUGAAUGGAGAAGUCCAAGUGGUUGUAAAAGAACAAAAAAUUUCGGAAUUAAUACUUAUGGUACUACCUUAAGUAAAAAAUUAGCUAUCGAAAUGAGAGCAAGAAUGACUGGAGAAUGUUUAAUUUCGGAUGAUGGAACUGUUUUUGAUUAUUCAACAAAAAAAGGAACUAUCAGUAAUUAA